AAGUGUGGAGAAGGAAACGACAAUACAAUUUUAACCAUUUUUUUGUGUUUUUUUUCUAUAUUUAUAUAAGUCAUAGGACGAGAUACAGCAAAGAAAAUCAUUAACACUGCGCUAUGUUUAACUGAGGUAGUUCUUCCAUAACCACAUGUACGUACAUGAGUACAGAAAAGGUUAGUGUCUCAGCAUUUCUUCGAAUCUGCUUCUUAUAAUCUAUUAAGAACGGCAAACUUUCAAAAAUACAACGACCAUGGUACAUGUGAGCGUGAAAUUCUGGAGCCAUUUGCUCGUAAAAUACACUAUUGAAUGACUAAACGAUCCCUUACCACAUGAACUUGUCCAAUGAAGCAAAAGAAAGAGGAUAAAAAAUACUAAAGACGAGGUAGCCAUAUAUACCACUUGUGAUGAAUAAUGGAAUCAAUCAACUCCCGCCGUGGUCCACCAAUUUGGAGAUUGACGAGCAAAUCUCUCAUGAAGUACAACCAUCUAAAGAUGCGUUAUUAAAGUAUUUAUUUGUUGAAAGAAAGAAAAACAAAACAGCUGUGUAGCUGGUUGGAACAUAACAUUAGAGCAAGUGAACUUGAAAGAUUACCCAUCUCCGAAACAAAUUUUCUUAAUUUGACGUGCCAAAGAAGCUGAAGCAACUUAUCAGAAUCCCUGUAGACGUAGAUUGUUUAACGUUAGAAAACCAUGCAUGUCGAAGUACAAGUAGCUUUAAAUUUCCUCAUUUCUUUCCUGUAUAAUAAAUUACCGAGAAGAAGAGUGAAUCAAUUUGGGGAGGAACUUGAGAAGGCAUUAAGGCAAAAGUUUAUUGGUCACUGGUAUCCCGAAAGACCUAUGAAGGGGUCGGGAUACCGCUGUUUGAAAACCAUUCCUCCUCUAGAUCCUGUAUUUGGCGCCGCAGCCAUGCAGAGCGGUAUGAACCUACCUGACAUUCAAGAGAAUCUUCCUAAGGAGCUCAGCAUCUGGAUAGAUCCAGGCGAAGUUUCGUACCGUCUGGGCGAGAAAGGGUCUGUUAAAGGAUUGUACAGCGAAGGUGGAAGCGAUAGUUGUCAAGAAUCCCAAAAAUACGAUAUCUCACGCACCUUUAAUCCUGACGCUCAAUGUUUCAAUCCAGUAGAUCAUGUCACAACUCAUCUGAAUGAGAUCUCUCUCUGCGUUCCACCUUCUCCUAUUAACUCCGACUCUAUCUCUGUUUUCAAAUCGAAUAAUUCAGUGAAUGUUUUUCAUUCCAACUCCACACCACCAACUAUCUUUACUACCGCUACUUUUGCACAAACAAAGUUUGGUUCCACAAAACUUAAAAGUGUGGGUAAAAGAUCUCAUCGUCUUUCUCCAACCGAGUUCAAUAGCUACAUAAAACAACGUGCUACGGGACAGCAAACACAGCAGAACUAUUUUCCACAACAAAGACAGCAGGUACUUUCUACUUCUAACCCUCUCCCUACAAAUACGAAGGUCACUUCGCCUAGGUUUAUUUCAGUUACUAGGUCUUCCACAAACCCUUUGCAGCAGUCAAGAUCUUUGUCACCUAAUACACAACACCAUCUAGAUACCAAUGUAUUGGUGUUGGCUUCAACCCAGCAAUCACGCUUUCCACUAACUACAACUACCCUUCAAAAACAUUUUGUAAGUUCAGAAGUGGCGACCCGGACUGCGAACAAUACCUUUGGUGGACCUGGGAAUGACCUGGAUGCGAAUUCCAGCAGCAUCACUGGUGUGGUUACAGCAUGUUCAAACCCGAACGUUAACACAACAAUUCCCCCACAAAUUAUAUCUCAAAAUUCAGCCAGUCUACCGGUUCCAAGUAAUCAGCUUCCAAGCAUUUUUAAUAAACUAUCUUUUGGAACUAUUAGGAAUACUUCAACAACCCAGCAGUUUUUCAGCAUUCCUGUAUUGGGAGAGGCGAAUUCAAGAAUUAGUAAAUUAGAUUCAAUGUCAACGCUUUGCCCUAAUAACUCAAGUCAUUACCAACAUCUAUUAGUUGCCAACUGAAAAAAAUAGCCAGUCGAUCGAACUGUGAUCGAUUAAACAUUUGUUAAUUAUCAUUGUAAGAUAAUGUUUGUUGUUUGAACAGUGUUACCAUGUUUUGUUUUGUUUUACU